UUUUUUUUUUUUUUUUUAAAUCCUGGCUUGAUUAUUUAGUUUUUACUUUUUCUGAUGGCUCAGUUAUAAAUGCUUUUUUGCCUUUCUUCUACCCCAAAAAACAAGGGCUAAAUGAUGCCAUCCUUGAUAUGGUGGCUUUGCAAAGGACUGCAAUACACAGACAAGCCCCACUGACUAUUGGUACAUUAGGGCCUGCAAAUCUUGCUUUCAGCCUGUGAAACUAGCACUGUCAUCUGUUGGAUGCUCCUCCACUUCCUGACCCAGACCUGGGUGGAGCCAAGCCUUUUAGUAGAGCUCUUAUUUCAUAAGUGGUUAUAAUUAAUGUUUCUUGGUUAAUGACCUCUUUGCCUAAAUAAAGGUCGCAGUCAUUGAUGAUGUGUUCAGUCUACAGGUAUUUCCUCGUGAGACAGGCUUUUUCUGCCUUUAUUUAUCCUCUUUGUACUGGAAGUAAAAAAGUAUAUUUGCUUUGGGUAUUUGGUCAGGAAAGAAGUGCACGUUUUUGAUCAGUCUUAUGUAUAGCUGUAUAUAAUUUAUAUGGUUUUUUAAGUUUUAUAUGUUUUUUUUGUUUUGUUUUUUUGUUUGUUUUUUUGUCUUUUUGUUGUUGUUGUUGUUGCUAUUUCUUGGGCUGCACCCACGGCAUAUGGAGGUUCCCAGGCUAGGGGUUGAAUCGGAGCUGUAGCCACUGGCCUACGCCAGAGCCACAGCAACGCGGGAUCCGAGCCGCGUCUGCAACCUACACCACAGCUCACGGCAACACCGCUGAGCAAGGACAGGGAUCGAACCCUCAACCUCAUGGUUCCUAGUCGGAUUUGUUAACCACUGCGCCACAGCGGGAACUCCCAAGUUUUAUAUGGUUUUUAAGUUAUCUGUACAGAUCUCAGAUUUUGAUUUCAGCCAUCUGACCCCUGCUUUCUGAGGAAAGCAUAUGAGUGGGAAUUUGGCCAGGAUUAGUGAAACUUUAAUCUUUUGGCCUUAAUCAGGGUAUAAUUUGCAAAGGUUGGUAGGAAGAAAUAUGGCUGAAUCAUUCAACAGUGAAUUUAAAUCAUUCUCAAAAAUUGAUGAUUUUAGCCUUGUUCAUCAGAUGGCAUAUGCUUAACCAAAGGCUGCUUAAUAACUUCAGUUGUUAAUGAAACACUUGCAGGAGUUCCCAUCAUGGCUCAGUGGUUAACGAACCCUACUAGGAUCCAUGAGGACUCAGGUUCGAUCCCUGGCUUCCCUCAGUGGGUUAGAGGUCCGGCGUUGCCAUGAGCUGUGAUGUAGGUCGCAGAUGUGACUCAGAUCCUGCGUUGCCAUGGCGGUAGCGUAGGCUGGCAGCUAGAGCUCCGAUUUGACCCCUAGCCUGGAAACCUCUAUAUGCCAUGGGUACGCCCUAAAAAGAUAAAAGAUAAAAAAUAAUAAUAAGAUACUUGCAAAUGUUAACUCUUAUUAACAGGUUUGAGCUUUCUCCCAAAUCUUUCAGAAUUUAGAAAGUUGUUUUUCUCUUUCCAUACAGUGUGUUGGAUUUUGAUUAGUGAAAACCAGGGGCCACAGCUAUUUUAAGCUUUCAAAAUAGUUUUAUUUCCUGACAAAUUCCUAUUCUUCCUACUAGUUCCAAUUUACAAGUAUAAUUAUUUUGCAUAAAAUGUCCGAUCUUCCUUCUUUCUUCUUCUUCCAGGUCCCACUGUCCAGUGAGACUACCAGAACUUUUGAUUGCAAGUAACAUGAACCAAAGCAUAAGCAAAAAAGAUCUUGUGAUGUUGAUGAAAAGUUUUGGGGCAGGAUGGAUAGACGGGGCUGUCUCUCAAGCACAGCUGGAUUGAGUCAGCAGGAGUGUUUCCCUUUCUGUGCUUUUCUCCAUGUUUCUCCUGGUCCUGACUCUGCUUUUCAUUAUCACUAUCAGCUCUCUUUGGGGCACAUGUCCAAGUCUGUACUAAUUAAUGUCUAUAGCGAUAGGAUGCGCUAAUUGAUUAACCCGAGUCACAUCCACUCUGCUUUAAUGGAGGAAGGGUCUCCUAACAGACAGCACAUGAAUUAUGGCAGGAGUGGUUCCAAGAAGAGGUUGGGCAGGAGAAACAAGCAGCUUCUUUACUCCAGUGACCCAGUAUCUAUUGUGCACCCCAGAAGCGAUGGACUGUUGAAGGGCCAGAGCCGUGUCCUGUCCAGCUUUCUAUCAGCCAAAGGGUACAUACUCCAGAAUGAUUGAUGAACAGAUGAGUGAUUGUUUUGUUCUAUUAAAUUGGAUGUUUUUCCCUUUUUUAUGCCAUGAGCUGAGAAGUUUAUGGUUUGACCGAGUGGGGCUGCCCUUGCUGUUGGGAUAAUGGUGCUGACAUGGUGAAAAUGGCCCUCUUGAUAGCCUUGAGACUUGAGAGACAAAUCUGGAGAAAAAAAACUAUGUUCCAACUUCCUGUCAACAAUCUUGGCAGUUUAAGAAAAGCCCGGAAAACUGUGAAAAAAAUACUUAGUGACAUUGGGUUGGAAUACUGUAAAGAACACAUAGAAGACUUUAAACAGUUCGAACCUAAUGACUUUUAUUUGAAAAACACUACAUGGGAGGAUGUAGGACUGUGGGACCCUUCACUUACAAAAAACCAGGACUAUCGGACAAAACCUUUUUGCUGCAGCGCUUGCCCAUUUUCUUCAAAAUUUUUCUCUGCCUACAAAAGUCAUUUCCGGAAUGUCCAUAGUGAAGACUUUGAAAAUAGGAUUCUCCUUAAUUGCCCCUACUGUACCUUCAAUGCAGACAAAAAGACUUUGGAAACACACAUUAAAAUAUUUCAUGCUCCAAACGCCAGCGCACCAAGUAGCAGCCUCAGCACUUUCAAAGAUAAAAGCAAAAACGAUGGCCUUAAACCUAAGCAGGCUGACAGUGUAGAGCAAGCUGUUUAUUACUGUAAGAAGUGCACUUACCGAGAUCCUCUUUAUGAAAUAGUUAGGAAGCACAUUUACAGGGAACAUUUUCAGCAUGUGGCAGCACCUUACAUAGCAAAGGCAGGUGAAAAAUCACUCAAUGGUGCAGUCCCCUUAGGCUCAAACGCCCGGGAAGAAAGUAGUAUUCACUGCAAGCGAUGCCUUUUCAUGCCAAAGUCCUACGAAGCUUUGGUACAGCAUGUCAUUGAAGACCAUGAACGCAUAGGCUAUCAGGUCACUGCCAUGAUUGGGCACACAAAUGUGGUGGUCCCCCGAUCCAAACCUUUGAUGCUGAUUGCUCCCAAACCUCAAGAGAAGAAGGGCCUGGGACUCCAAUCAAGAAUUGGUUCCCUCGCUUCUGGAAACGUCCGAUCUUUGCCAUCCCAGCAGAUGGUGAAUAGACUCUCAAUACCAAAGCCUAACUUAAAUUCCACAGGAGUCAACAUGAUGUCCAAUGUUCAUCUCCAGCAGAACAACUAUGGAGUCAAAUCAGUGGGCCAGGGCUAUGGCGUUGGUCAGUCAAUGAGACUGGGUCUGGGUGGCAAUGCACCCGUUUCCAUCCCUCAGCAGUCUCAGUCAGUGAAGCAGUUACUUCCAAGUGGAAAUGGAAGAUCUUAUGGGCUUGGGUCAGAGCAGAGGACCCAGGCACCAGCAAGAUACUCACUGCAGUCUGCAAACGCCUCUUCUCUCUCAUCAGGCCCCUUAAAGUCUCCUGCCCUCGCCCAGUCACAGGCAUCCAGAGUAUUAGGUCAGUCCAGUUCCAAACCUACCGCAGCUGCCACUGGCCCUCCCCCGCCCAAUACGUCCUCAACUCAGAAGUGGAAGAUAUGUACAAUCUGCAAUGAGCUUUUUCCUGAGAAUGUCUAUAGUGUGCACUUCGAGAAAGAACAUAAAGCUGAGAAAGUCCCAGCAGUAGCCAACUACAUUAUGAAAAUACACAAUUUCACUAGCAAAUGCCUCUAUUGCAAUCGCUAUUUGCCCACAGAUACUCUGCUCAACCAUAUGUUAAUUCAUGGUCUGUCUUGUCCAUAUUGCCGUUCAACUUUCAAUGACGUGGAAAAGAUGGCGGCACACAUGCGGAUGGUUCACAUUGACGAAGAGAUGGGACCCAAAACAGAUUCCACGCUGAGUUUUGAUUUGACAUUGCAGCAGGGUAGUCACACUAACAUCCAUCUCCUGGUAACCACAUACAACCUGAGAGAUGCCCCCGCCGAGUCUGUUGCUUACCAUGCCCAAAACAACCCUCCAGUCCCUCCAAAGCCACAGCCAAAAGUUCAGGAAAAGGCAGAUAUCCCUGUUAAAAGUUCACCUCAAGCUGCAGUGCCCUAUAAAAAAGAUGUCGGGAAAACCCUUUGCCCUCUUUGCUUUUCAAUCCUCAAAGGACCCAUAUCCGAUGCACUUGCACAUCACUUACGAGAAAGACACCAAGUGAUUCAGACCGUUCACCCGGUGGAGAAGAAGCUCACCUACAAAUGCAUCCACUGCCUUGGUGUGUAUACCAGCAACAUGACCGCCUCGACUAUCACUCUGCAUCUAGUCCACUGCAGGGGUGUUGGAAAGACCCAGAAUGGCCAAGACAAGACAAAUGCACCCUCUCGGCUCAACCAGUCACCAGGCCUGGCACCUGUGAAGCGCACUUAUGAGCAGAUGGAAUUUCCCUUGGUAAAAAAGCGAAAAUUAGAUGAUGAUAGCGAUUCACCCAGCUUCUUUGAGGAGAAGCCUGAGGAACCUGUUGUUUUAGCUUUAGACCCCAAGGGUCAUGAAGAUGAUUCCUAUGAAGCCAGGAAAAGCUUCCUAACAAAAUAUUUCAACAAACAGCCCUAUCCCACCAGGAGAGAAAUUGAGAAGCUGGCAGCCAGUUUGUGGUUGUGGAAGAGUGACAUUGCUUCCCAUUUUAGUAACAAGAGAAAGAAGUGUGUCCGAGACUGUGAGAAGUAUAAGCCUGGUGUGCUGCUGGGCUUCAACAUGAAAGAAUUAAACAAAGUUAAGCAUGAGAUGGAUUUUGAUGCUGAGUGGCUAUUUGAAAAUCAUGAUGAAAAGGAUUCCAGAGUCAAUGCUAGUAAAACUGCUGACAAAAAACUCAACCUUGGGAAGGAAGACGACAGUUCCUCAGACAGUUUUGAAAAUUUAGAAGAAGAAUCCAAUGAAAGUGACAGUCCUUUUGACCCUGUUUUUGAAGUUGAGCCUAAAAUCCCCAAUGAUAACCCAGAGGAACAUAUACCGAAGGUAAUUUCCGAGGAUGCUUUAGAAUCUGAGGAGAAGCUAGACCAAAAAGAGGAGGAUGGUUCAAAGUAUGAAACGAUUCAUUUGACUGAGGAACCAACCAAACUGAUGCAUGAUGCCUCUGACAGUGAGGUUGACCAAGACGAUGUUGUUGAGUGGAAAGACGGUGCUUCUCCAUCUGAGAGCGGCCCUGGUUCCCAGCAGGUGUCGGACUUUGAGGACAACACAUGUGAGAUGAAAACAGGAACCUGGUCUGAUGAGUCUUCCCAGAGUGAAGAUGCAAGGAGCAGUAAGCCAGCUGCCAAAAAAAAGGCUACCAUGCAAGGUGACAGAGAGCAGUUGAAAUGGAAGAAUAGUUCCUAUGGAAAAGUAGAAGGAUUUUGGUCCAAGGACCAGUCGCAGUGGAAGAAUGCAACUGAAAAUGAUGAGCGCUUAUCCAACCCACAGAUUGAGUGGCAGAAUAGCACAAUUGACAGUGAGGAUGGGGAGCAGUUUGACAACAUGACUGAUGGAGUAGCUGAGCCGAUGCAUGGGAGCUUAACCGGGGUUAAACUGAGCAGCCAACAGGCCUGAGUGCCAGGUUCUCUGGCAUGGGUGACAGAUGCUGCAGCCUGGAACUCCCUUCUCCUUUGAGUAUGACUGCAAAGCUAUGUUCUAACUGGUACUGCCUUUUGAGGGCUGGGUCAUCAGGCCGUGGGGACAUGUGGCCACUGCAGUCCCAAUGGUUAUUUCUGAGUCUCUGACACAUGAUUGGCUGAUCUUGCUUUAGAACGUCCUGUGACAGACACAGUAACUAAAUGUGAAAAACCAAUAAGCUGGUGGCUCACGAACGCACACGAGGAAAAGCAGAGGUUUAUUUUAUCUGCCUUCUCAACGUUUCUUUCCCUCUGUAAAGUGUUUGAUUGGAUGUCCUUAAGACGCGUUCUCCUGAUUCACAUGGUAGUGUAGGGCCAGCAUACAAGCUACCAGUCCCAUGUGUAUAGUAGACUUUGGGGAAGUCGAUUUUUUUUCCAUGUAUUCAUUCUGAAUAGUUGAAAUGUAUAUUUGUACAGUCUUUUAGCCCUAUUCAAGUGAUGCUUAUGAUACUGUUACUGUGUACCCAUCAUAGGUUUCUUUUUUAGUGUUACCCUUGCUGUGUAAUAAGCGCUGUAUCUAGUUGACCUAGCAAAAGCCUGAAACUACGCUAGUGUGGACUUCGGGACAGACCUUAGUUUUUGCACAUAACCUUGUACAAUCUCGCCACAGAGGCCAGCCACAUAAGAUAUAUAUCUGGACUCUCUUGUAUUAUAGAAUUUUUCUUGUUUCUGAAUAUCCUUGACAUUACAGCUGACAAAAACAAAAACUGGUAUUUCAGAGGUUUUCUGAAAUCUUUUAAGCUAAAAUCACAUGCAAGAAUUGACUUUGCAGCUACUAAUUUUGACACCUUUUAGAUCUGUAUGAAAGUGUGUUGUGUUGAAGCAGCCAACCAAUGAGGGCUGCAUUUUGGAUAUUUAGUUUUAUCUUUAGUUAAAACACCACCCUGGUGUAUUCAUUUAUACCAUCUAAUAUAUGACACACUGUUGUAGUAUGUAUAAUUUUGUGAUCUUUAUUUCCCUUUGUAUUCAUUUUAAGCAUCUAAAUAAAUUGCUGUAUUGUGCUUAAUGUAAAUAUUUGCUUUAUUACACAUUACAAUCCUGUGUGUCCAUUAUGUCUUGUGCCAGCAUGGAGAUGGAGGCCACAGCCACUGAGGAAACUUGUGGAAGACCAAGAUCUGCCCCUGGCAGAAAGAAUGCUUUCUCUCAAGGCACCUGUUACAAGUUCUUUGGUUUGGUUUUGUCUUUUUCCUUUUUAACUGCUAAAAUAAACAUCCUUGAGUGUUUUCAGUUCCCCUUUGUUAAAGAGCAGAGCCUGCUUAUCUGUGUAAAUGUCUCUGAUAAAAGGAUGUAAGCAUAAAUUAGCAUUAACUUGCAAGCAGAACCUUCUUGCCCUGGUGUUCGUUCUUCUAAAUGAAGUGAAUGUUAGUUUCCACCUUAUAAUGGGAACAAUUGUACUCAACAAGCAACCAUUCUGCUUUUGUUAUAACUUUGGACCAUCUUGCUAUUGAGGAAAAGGCUUUGGAGAGCACACACUCUGGAGGGCUGUCAAGAUGCAGGGAGCUGGUGUGGUGUGUGUGCUCUUCAUCGAGUCUCAAAAGCAACCCAUACUAAGGAACAAAGUUGUAAGGCAGCAUCAGGCCAACAUUUUUUGGCAAUUAUAACAAUCCAUGCAGAGGCUGAUCAGUCACCCUGUAGGGGCGUUGGCCUACAGAGUUAUGAAGUGGCUAGUGUCCAUAACUUCUGCGACUUUCCAGAAGAUUGAAGAUCUUGUUAAUGCUUUUGUUAGCCGAGAUUAGAGCUGUAACCACCACCCCACCAAAUGUUAAGUCUCACCUUGCAAAGCAAAUACAGGAGAAAGCACAGUAAUGAUAGGGUGUUUGGGGCUGGCAUGGAGCUAUCUUAAAUCCAUUGUACAUGUAGGUUAUAAAUUCUUCGGACACCAAGAUAACAUUUGGGACAGUAUGUCCCAAAUUAAGCUACAGUUGACCAAAUCAAAAAGCUGUCUUUGAGAAACUGUUUCUUUUACAUGAGGAUAGUAAUACCAGCUGAAUUGAAGCCGUCUCACAUUUGUUUUGAAAUUACUCUUCCUAAUUAACAGGUGAGAAGAAUUUAGCCUGGGUGGAGAAGUUAGUCCCACACGGAGUACUAAAGAGACGUGUGCAAAAUGGGGGGUGGGGAAAGGUAUUCCUGAUUGGAUAGUUGAGCGAAGAGAGUCUAUGUCCCUUGCUAAGGUGGUAGGAGUGGGCCCUGUUGGCAUGCAGAAGAGUUUAGCCACCUAGGAAUUGGGAAUGAAGAUUUCCAACUAGAAAUGUUGAAACCCUGAAAGUGUCUCAAUAAAAGCCAUUUUAAAA